AUGAUAUUUUUGCGUUGUUUUUGCUUUCUUUUCAUAGAGGAAGAGAGACUCCUGCGGGCCAAUGACAGACCUUUUAACCUGUCUUACCAAUAUGCUAACAAUGCCAUCAAGACCUCCAAAUACAACGUCUUCACUUUCUUGCCGCUCAACCUGUUUGAACAGUUCAGGAGGCUGGCCAAUGCCUACUUCCUGUUCCUUCUCAUCCUUCAGCUAAUCCCUCAAAUAUCCUCCCUCUCCUGGUUCACCACGGCUGUGCCUUUGAUUCUGGUGCUGUCCAUAACGGCGGUCAAAGAUGCAAGCGAUGACAUAAACAGAUACAAAUGUGACAAGCAAGUGAACAACCGUACCGUGGACGUCCUCAUCGACGGACAACUGAAAAAGGAAAAGUGGAUGAAUGUCCAGGUCGGGGACGUCAUCAAACUGGAGAACAAUCAGUUUGUCACCGCUGACCUCCUGCUGCUGUCCAGCAGCGAGCCUCUGAACCUGGUCUACGUGGAGACGGCCGAGUUAGAUGGUGAAACCAAUCUGAAAGUGAAGCAGGCCCUGACCUACACCGGAGAAAUGGGAAACAACAUUGAAGUACUCUCCAGCUUCAAUGGUGAGGUGCGAUGUGAGCCUCCCAAUAAUCGUCUGGACAAGUUCAAAGGGACUCUGACCGUGAACGGAGAGGUCCACAGUCUGGACAACGACAAGGUGCUGCUCAGAGGGUGCACGGUCAGAAACACAGACUGGUGCUUUGGACUGGUCAUUUUUGGAGGUCCCGACACGAAGCUGAUGCAAAACAGUGGAAAGACGGUGUUCAAACGUACAAGCAUCGAUCACCUGCUGAAUGUCCUGGUGUUAUGUAUCUUUGCUUUUCUGGCGACUAUGUGUACCAUUCUGGCCAUCGGCAAUGCGAUCUGGGAGACAAAGGAGGGCUCUGUGUUCCACGUGUUUGUUCCCCUGGAACCAGGCAUUAAUGCAGCCCUCUCGUCCUUCCUCUCCUUCUGGUCCUAUGUGAUAGUCCUCAACACUGUGGUUCCCAUUUCUCUCUAUGUCAGUGUGGAGAUAAUCCGUCUGGGGAACAGCUUCUUUAUAGACUGGGACAGGAAGAUGUAUUACUCUAAGAAUGACACCCCUGCCCAGGCGAGGACCACCACACUCAACGAGGAGCUGGGCCAGAUUAAAUACAUCUUCAGCGACAAGACAGGCACCCUGACACAGAACAUCAUGGCUUUUAAUAAGUGUUCCAUCAAUGGCAAAGCCUAUGGGGAGCUGUAUGACUUCACUGGACAAAGGGUGGAAAUAACAGAGAAAACAGAGAGGCUGGACUUCUCCUGGAAUCAGCUGGCAGAUCCAAAGUUCAUCUUUCACGAUCACAGUCUGAUGGAGACGGUGAGAGAAGGAAACCCGGAGGCUCAGGCCUUCUUCCGCUUGCUGGCCUUGUGUCACACUGUCAUGCCUGAGGAAAAGACAGAGGACCUGCCCUUGUCAUCUCUGCUAGGGGAGCUCAACUACCAGGCUCAGUCUCCUGAUGAGGGAGCUCUGGUGACCGCAGCCAGGAACUUUGGUUUUGUGUUCCGCUCUCGCACACCAGAGAGCAUCACGGUCAUGGAGAUGGGCACGAAGGUUGUCUAUGACCUGGUGGCCAUUCUGGACUUCAAUAAUGUGCGGAAAAGGAUGUCAGUAAUAGUGCGCAGCCCUGAGGGAAAGUUGACUCUGUACUGCAAAGGAGCCGACACCAUCAUCUAUGAAAGACUACACCCCUCAUGUGACAAACUGAUGGAGGUCACCACCAGGCACCUCAAUGAAUAUGCAGGUGACGGCCUCCGUACGCUGGUUCUGGCCUACAAGGAGUUGGAUGAGAGCUACCUGAAGGAGUGGAGACAGCGCCACCAUGAGGCCAGCAUCGCUUUGGACGGACGAGAGGAGAGACUGGACCAGAUUUAUGAAGACAUCGAGAAAGAUCUCAUUCUGUUAGGAGCCACAGCUGUGGAGGACAAGCUGCAAGAUGGCGUGCCACAGACCAUUGAGCAACUGGCCAAAGCUGACAUGAAGAUCUGGGUGUUGACUGGAGAUAAACAAGAGACGGCAGAAAACAUCGGCUAUUCUUGCAACAUGCUGAGAGAAGAGAUGAGCGAGGUUUUCAUUGUGGCAGCCAAUACAGCCCAAGGUGUCAAAGAGGAGCUCCAGAAUGCAAGAAGGAAAAUGUCUCCAGACUCGGCGGAGGAGCCCUCUGUGGUCAGGGCUCGAGCGGGUUUGUUUUGGCUCGAGAAGACGGAAACGUUGCAGGACGAGAAGGUGGACGGAGACUAUGCCCUGAUAAUAAACGGACACAGCUUGGCGUUUGCGCUGGAGAAGGAGCUGCAGCUGGAGCUGCUGAGGACGGCGUGCAUGUGUCAGACGGUGAUCUGCUGCAGGGUCACCCCUCUGCAGAAAGCCCAGGUGGUCCAGCUGGUCAAGAAAUACAAGCAGGCCAUCACUCUGGCCAUUGGGGACGGAGCCAAUGACGUCAGCAUGAUCAAAGCCGCUCACAUCGGUGUGGGAAUCAGUGGUCAGGAGGGCAUGCAGGCAGUUCUGUCCAGCGACUUCUCCUUCGCCCAGUUCCGGUACCUCCAGCGGCUCCUGCUGGUGCACGGCCGCUGGUCCUACCUGCGCAUGUGCAAGUUCCUCCGAUACUUCUUCUUCAAAAACUUCACCUUUGCCCUCUUGAACUUCUGGUACGCCUUCUUCUGCGGCUUCUCUGCUCAGAGUGUGUAUGAUGAGUGGUUCAUCACCUUGUAUAAUACAGUCUACACAGCCCUCCCUGUUCUCGGCCUCAGCAUCUUUGACCAGGUAUAA